CGGCGCUGCCCUCCGCCAGGGCGGGAUGUAAGCGCUGCCGGGAGAGAACGGGAGGCGCGGAGGAGCGCGCGAGGGCAGCAGCGGAGGAACCCAGGGAGCGGCGGGUGGGAAGGGGGCUUUUCCCUUUGUCCUGCUUGAGGGAGCGAGGACCGGCCGGGAGGCGGCAGCUCCGCCAGGUUCAAUGGACCAUCUGUCUUUCAGAAGGACCCUAAUGGAUAUCAUCUGCAUUUAUUAAACCCUGUCUCCUUUUCUUCUGAGGGGUUUCUUGGCUUCAUGCUCUAUCCUAAUAAUGACUGAAUUGUCAGAAGGAUUUAACUGACAAGGAACUUGUAUAGUCUUCAAAUGAAUUUUUCUGUCGAUCUUUUUGACUCUCCCAAAGAGAAGCAUGUUUAGUGGCUUAGCAUAGGUAGAGAAGACAGGACUUUCAGCCAAGCUGUGGGAAAAGUGGCCUCUUGAAAUCUGAAAAUGAGUACACCACUGGUUCCCAACAAGUCAUGUUAUCAUUUAUUACAGGGUAACAGAAAUGAGAUGAAAAAUAACAAUGAACACAUGGUGAUGGUAGGGGACCCCAAUGCCAACCAAAUCACACCUGAGGUGAGAACCUCCACAGGGGACAGAAGGACAAAUGACAUGUCUAAGGAGACAAGAUGUUUUAAUAUAGGGGAUCCAGAAAAUACCACACAGCUGGAUUCAGAGAGAAACAGACUUCAGAAUACAACUGGUCUAUCAGAGUUUCGGUUGCCUUCUACCACCACCAGGGAAUUGCAUAAGGAUUAUAAGAGUGAUGGAGUCAAGGACAUUUCGAAGUUGGUUCCUAUUAGCAGAGGACACAGUUUGUCCAAUUUGAGGAUUAGUACAAAUGAUACCUUUUCAGUUGUUCUUUCCAAAAGUGAUGCUGAUCUCAUUCAGCAUGCGUCGAGGGAUAAAACGCCAAGAAGAAUAGAGACAGAAGGCAUCAAACGCCUGUCUUUGGGGAGAUCAAGGAAACUUACAGCUAAAACAGAAGCUUUUGGGAAAGAAUUUGUUGGCCAUGUAUCAGGGAAACGCUUGCUCUCUGCUUCCCUGGAUUCCAUUGACAUCUCACAUCAUUUGGCUGGGGAGCCCGACAAAUGUCGGGAAGCAUCGGCAGACCAUUUUUUAGGCAUGGUGUUCCAUCCAACUGAUAGCGCCUCAGAGGGAAAUGUUGUGCGUUACUCUAAACUUUCAUCUACCUCAGGAAUGAACAAAACAAACGUCAUAGCAACACAAGUGGGUAUGGAGGGUGCACCAAACUUUAACAAACAGAGCACUCCACAUCCUGCUCACGCUGAUCCACGUGUAAACGCUAAAUCCAAUGAGAUUUUGAGAUCAGAAGCACAAUUAGAUCAUCAGGGUGAUAAGAGAGGGAGAAUGGAGUUGAGAAGUCCACAGUCAAAGACCACGGGUCAGCAAAAAAUUGACCAGAUGAUGCCGGUUGAAUUUCUCAGAUGUCAGAAAGAGGAAAGUAAUGGAGUGGGGCAGAAUAAAAAGGAUUGCGGGUCUGAAGUACAUAGAGUAAAAACAGUUCUUUUGCAAGAGUCUUGCAAAGGUGAUGAUCCAUGCUUAAACGAGGGGCUUGACUGUUCCAGUAGCAGGUUGGUAAGUGGUACUAAUAACUUGCUAGGUUUAAGAAGAGGAAGUAAUCAUAGUGACAGCAGGGCAACAAACCAAGUCAUUGAUGAGGGCAUAGUAGAAAAGGAGAUAGAUUCUGGAUUGCCUUUUGCUGAUGACAAACGCAGAGACAGCCUGACACAUUUGAAUAGUAAUGAAAAUAAGCAAAUGGCCCUCAAAGGCCAUGGUGAAACUGCUGCAGAAAUCAAAACUAAUUUGGAGCAUUCAAAAGGGCUUAGUACAGAAGAUGCAUUAAAUGAUCAUUUUGACAUCCAGGACAUUGAUUUAGAGACCACAGGAUUUUCAGCAGAGAGCAAAAAGGCUGUAAUGGUAAAGAAACAUCUUUCAAACGACACGGCAGACAGCUAUAAGAUACCAGGAAGGACUGAUACUUUUUUAUGUGCCCCCACUCCUUUGCGUCCCGUGGUGACCAUGAAUGCUGCACCAUCAAGCAACAGUUUGAAGGAUCUCUGUGCACUUCACGUUGAUAAGCCGCCGUCAUCUGCAGUCCUACCUCCUCUUGAUGGUACACAAUUGCUCAGCCUAUCCCCUAAAGUGCCUAACAAGACUGCCUGUAACAGUGGCAUCCCCAAACCUAUCCUUAUACAUUCCAAGGGCUCCCAUCCUGCCAAGGAAGAUGAAGAAGGCAACUGGACUGAGAAGCCUGAAGACAAGAUGGAGGCAAAACCAGACAUCCCAAAGCCCAAGCAUGUGAGACCUAAAAUCAUCACUUACAUUAGGAGAAACCCCCAGGCGAUAAACCAGAUGGACCAUACAUUUGCCCCACCUGGAUUGCCCUAUGUGGCCCCUGCUUGUGCAAUGCCAGUGGCAACAAUGGAGCAGAAGACUUCAAAUGAUGGAGAAAUUAAACCAGGCAGCGUCCUGUAUGACAAGUUUAAACCCGACUUGCAGAAGUCUCGGAUUUACAGUUCUGGCCUGGUGGUAUCUGGCAUUAAAUCCUCAGGUCAUCAUUUUGGCCAAAUGGGUGACAAAUUUCUCCAGGAGGUUGGGGAAAGGCCAGGGAAAGAAGAAUUUUCUCCUCCACCUUAUACCCACUAUGAGGUCCCUCCAAGCUUUUAUCGCUCUGCAAUGAUCCUGAAGCCUCAGCUAGGACUUGGUGCUGUCUCCAGGUUACCCUCUGCCAAAAGCAGGAUCUUGAUUGCAAGUCAAAGGGCUUCAACCAGCUGCAUCCAUCCACAGGGGCCAAUAGCCACUUCGCCCCCACUUUUCCAUCCUGAUGCUUCAGUUGAUCUUAAAAAAGGCUCCAGUCCAAAUGCUGCAAAAUCAAACCUUCCAAAACCAUGCCAGUCCGGACUCCGCCCACCAGGUUAUUCACGCUUGCCAGCUGCUAAACUGGCUGCCUUUGGGUUUGUCAGGAGCUCAAGUGUCUCUUCAAUCUCGAGCAACCAAUCAAAUGACAGCGUCCAGAGUGAUCAAACCAGGACAGCCAACCGUUCAAACUUUGCAAAUGAAGAGCAAAUCACUCCUAAGGCAGCUGAGCCUUCUAAAGAAGCACCCAAGGGGGCAAAUAGGACUCCACCACAGGCCUCAAAUAUCACACCAGCUUCCCGCAGAAGUUUGCUUCCAGCACCAAAGACUGCUGCAGCACCUGCUGGCACAAAGAAAGAAGUACAGAAGGAUCAAGAGGUGAACAGAACCCCCGUUUCCUCCCCUAAGAGACUGGUUGUAUCAGCUAACAAACUCCAUUCACCAGGGUACCCCAAACAAAGGUCAUCUGUUCCAAGGAAUGGAUUUUCUACAAAGCCAGAUUUGCAGACGAGAGAGGCUGAGCGGCAGUUCAUCCAGCAGAUGAAAGAAAAGUGUGAUGAACAGGCCAGGAAACUCAGCUGCAUACAGGAGGAACUUAAGAGGACCAGCUGUGGUUUUGAUGUCUUCAUUAUUACAACACAGUAUUUCUUUCAGAAGAAUGAAAGCACGCUUGUGAAGGAAAAGGAGCUCUCCGCGGAGCUUGCAAACAUCAAAGAUGAAGUUGCCCUCCAUGCCUCGAGGUAUGAGAAAUUACAAAAAGAGAAGGAAGAGCUGGAAAAGAGGUUUGAGAGUAAGCUGAAGAAGCUUGGUUGGGAGCAACAGGAAGAGCUUCAGGAGCUUGAAGAGCGGCUCCAGUCACAGUGCAAUGCAGAGAUAGAGCGGCUGCAAGAAGAUCACCAGACAGAGCUUGCCAGGAUCAAGACUCGGCAUCAAGAAAAGGUGGAAGACAUGACAACAGCUCAGGAAGCAACCGUGUCUGCAAUGGAAAACAGCCACACAGUUGCCCUUGUCGAACUUCAGGAGGAAUAUGAGCUCAAAGUCCAAGAACUGAAGUCUGCCCAUGAGCUGGAAAAGAAAGAACUUGAGGAAAAUUUUGAGAAGUUGCGUCUGUCACUCCAGGAUCAGGUAGACACUCUCACUUUCCAGAGUCAGUCUCUAAAGGACAAGGCAAAACGGUUUGAAGAGGCAUUGAAGAAAAACACUGAAGAACAAUUAGAGGUUGCACUGGCUCCAUACCAGCAUUUAGAGGAAGACAUGGCUAGCCUUAAACAAGUUUUAGAGAUGAAAAAUCACCUUAUUCAUCAGCAAGAAAAGAGGAUCAUGGAACUGGAAAAGCUGGCUGAAAAGAACUUAAUAUUGGAAGAAAAAAUCCAGGUGCUCCAACAGCAAAACGAAGACCUCAAAGUCAGAAUUGAUCAAAACACUGUGGUGACAAGACAGUUAUCUGAAGAGAAUGCUAACCUCCAAGAAUAUGUUGAAAAAGAAACUAAGGAAAAGAAAAGGCUCAGUAGGACUAAUGAAGAGCUGCUGUGGAAACUUCAGACGGCAGACCCCAUAAGUCCUGUUAAAUUGUCUCCGACAUCUCCGACUCACAUUUAUCGCUCUUCAUCCGGACCUCCUACCCCUGCAAAAGUGAGCAUGGUGCCAAGAUGACCGGCCAGAGCAGCUCUUUAAGAUGAAUUCCGUUCUUCUGACAACAUACCAAUCUACUGAAUGUUGUCACCUAAGAAAUAUUAUCUGCAACAGGAGUAGAUUCCUAGAAAUCCGUUACUAUUAUCAACAUGUUCUGUAGCUGCAUAUGAAUAGGCAGUCUAUCCCUGCACGUUCAGUGCCAAAAGCUCUUAGGAGAGGCACUCUGAUGCCGGAACGUAGCAUAAUACAGUGUGAUCUGAUGCACAGAACCCUUUUCUGGGUAGUACCAAAAGCAAGGGAAGACUUACUACUGCUUAUCAUUCUCUCUGAAUGAACUUUUUUUAGCUGCAGUUUUUCAGGUUAGUUGCAGGUUCAAAUUUUGAAUAGUAUUGUCUGUGUGCGUGUGCGCGUGUGUGCCUAUGUGUGUGUGUGUUAGGUAUGAAUAGUGCUGGCUUCAAUGCGCAUAUUGUGGGGCACAUGAAAGACACACAUACACACUUCUGGAUAUGUAGCGGGAUCUGUUCUAAGUUGCAUUUUUAUAUGAAUUGAUUCUACAAAAAAAAAAGUGCUGAUCUAUUUUCAUGACAGUCAGCCGUUUUGUAACAUGUGCCUAAGAGUUACGUAUACAGAAAUGAAAUACAUUUUCAUUUCUUUUUUUUUGGUCAAAGCUUCCCAGGAAUAUUUCUGCCCAAAUGAGACAAAAGUUACACAAAGCAGAAGCACCUUCCAAAUGACCACUGAGUGGUACAUUUUCUAAAGCAAAACACCAGCGACUUUUGAAUUCUUAAAACAGUUACUGCCUUCAAAAAGAAUUGCUUUUCUAAUCAACAUCUGACAUGAUCACACAUCACGCUAGUCAAUUUUUGAAUCUUGUCACUGUUCAAGUACAGAGUUGACAAGCAGGCUUCAAAAUUUCAAUCUUCUGUUUUUGUUUUUUAAGAAAACUCAAUUUUAGCCCAUUUGUUGCAACUUUUAAGUGAUGUUUGUGAAGCUUUCUGAAUUGAUAAAUGGCAAUAUAUGUGUAGGUUUAAACAGGUAAGACAAAAUCCCCUUCCAAAAGGCACACACCCCUUUUCUUUUAUUUAAUGAUCAUGAAACAGGCUACAAGGGUAAAUUUACAUGUACCAUACUCAGAUUAUUGGUCAAAAUAUACCCUACUUGUUGAUUACUCAUGGUUUCUUUUCUUUUUCACCUACAAGGUUUAGUUUUAUGGGGAGACUUCUCAUGUGCAGAGAGGACCAGUAAUGGCAAACAUUUGGUUUUUUUUUUUACCCAGUCAUGGGUCAUGCUGGCUGGAUUUUCCAGCUAAGAGUCCAAAAGGCAUCUGUUUCCCAUCUCUGCGGAAAGCCCAACAUUACAACCAACUCAAGCCAUGAAGGGCAUCAAUGAAGCAAUGUGUAAUGUGAGCGAGGUACUCUCCACAUCCCUUGACAAUGUUGUCCAAGGUGCUGGGGUUGCAUGUGUUAUCAGCAUGUUCUGUUAUAUUGCCUAGGGUUGUGGGACACAACCCUCAGGGUGGGAAUUUAUUUAAAUGGUCUCUAACAUAGCCACGGUCAAAGGAUAGCAAUCAACCGAAAUUAUCCAGACUCACAGAACAUUUUUGAGGAAUUUCCGUACUGACCAGAUCACUGAAUUUAAUAGCUCUGCCACUUUUUUUAGCCAUCUCAAAACUGCUACCCAGUGUAUAUUUACUUAGCCGCACCACAUAGGGCGCUAGGGCUGCUAGAGUGUAGGCCAGUUUCCUAGAGAGUAGUGUAGCAGUCAGGCCAGUGUUAGACUGCUUGAGAAGAUUCUUAAACCGAAGCUAGGCAAGUAAAGAGGCUUUUAUUGUCUUUGGUGUGAUAGAAGGUGGGUUCCAGCAUGUGUGUCAAGUUUAUUAGACUUAGACUGUGAAAGCAGUGAAUGUAGCGUUGGACAGUUGUGGAGCAGAUGAAAAGAUUAUUUUAAGAUAUUCAUGUGAUGCUUUGGUUCUCAGUUGGUGGCCAGGACUUAAGUCUAAUUUUUUUUCCAAUGCACAUCCACCUCCUGAGUCCCUCCAGUCACAGCAGCUCUUAAGUGCCAAACCACAUGAAGGAGAAGUGGGAGAAUUAAUUGCAGCCCUCAAUGAAAUGUGUGCAAAUACUUUUCUGAGGUCACACAAGUACCCACUCUAGUGUGAGUCUGCUUUAUGUUUCGGUCCGAGACUUGCCUGUGACUUAGGUGCAAAGCACAAGCUGCCAUUCAAAAGACAGACAGCAUUGUUUGUUUGCCACACAUUUGUGGCCCAGUUCCAUGUUGUACAAAAUAACAAGGUUACGGUUUGAGCUUGUUUGUUUUUUUAGGGAAUUUUAUUUUUAAUAGCUGCCUUGCAUGAUACUGUGAUACUGAGUACAUCCUAGUUUAGCUUGUGCCCGUUUGUAACUAUCACAAACAACAGGCAUAGAUUUUGCAUAAGGGCAAGUACAAAGCAAGAGUAGGAUAGUUGUUAGCAAUGACCCACUGGUAUAAUUUUAGCCACUUUCCAUACUGCAGUUGCUAAAGGCACGGCAUACUUGUUUUGUUGUUCUGUUACAAUCCUGUACAGUGUUGGCUCAUGGGAGCAAAAUCACCACAGCGUUGAUCUGAUACAUAUGCAUUAUCUCAUAUUGCUCUAUAAGUGCUGUAGCACUCUCCACUUACGGGUUAAUGAAGCGGACGGGUGGGUGGGUGGGUCAGGGUUGUCCAUUUGUUCAUGCUGCUGCUUUCAUCUGCUUAGCUACUGCCUCCAGAAGCAAUUAUUUACUUCCAGAUAUGAAUAGCUAUGUCAUCAUUUGAUGGUAGGGGACUAUCUACAACAGAAAAUGUGAAUGUGUGGCCUUCUGGAUGUUCUUGGGCUGCAGUGCAGUUCCCACCUUCCUUCACCACUGGCCAUGCUAGCUAGAGCUAAUAGAGGUGGAAGUCCAUCAGCAUCCAGAGGGCUGCAUGUCCUCCAACCUGGACUACCAGGUCUCCAUCUUCUACUGUUCUCUACAUGACAAUAGAAGACUGCUGUAUCCCUUUCUUCCAUUUAUUUUGUAUUAAUUGUGUAUUUUUGCUUCCAAAAUGGCAACGUAAGGCCACUUUCCCUUUUCACAUUGCAUUCCAUUGCUUUGAAUAGCACAUGUAUUCAGCCCUUCAAGUCUGCAAUGGAGGAGGAUUAUGUGACGUUGCACCACAUAAAAAUUACAACAGCCAACCACAGAUGAUAUUCAAAGAUCAAUGAAAUGUAUAGUUUGGUCUUUCUCAAGCAGCGGCGGCACCCUCCCUCCAGUUCCAAUUCUAUGUGACAAAUCAUCACUGAAACUCAGGCAACUUUAUGAAGCUGUUGAUGAUACAGCAAGAGAUCUAGUAUUUAAGGGGGAGAAGGGAGGCAGCAAGCUGAGUGAUCAAGCCCAAGCCUUUCCGCUUCCCACAAGUUGCACUUUCAGCCUUCCUGUGUGUAACUGUCUUCCUUAUACCAGAACUAGAGAAACUAAAUUUCUUGGAUUGCAACUCCCAGAAUCCUGUAGCCAGCUCUGUCACUGGGUACACCAGUUAGAUCUGGCAGGUGUCAUCUGAAAAGAUAAUUUUUCCCAUUUCAUCCAAAAUUAAAUGUUGUGAAAAUAUAAAGAGAGAGACUAUAUCUAAGGAUCACAGCCAUCUGAGAACUCAGGGGAUCGAUGCUGGCAUCCCUGUGGACAUCUGGGUUUUGCCCAAAGCUAGAACAAUAUCACUCUCACUUGAGCAUCUGGCUUGCAAAAGGCCCAGGGCGGAGUAGAGCCGACUGUGUGGUGCCAAGAGGAAUGUGACAUCUGCUUGUGUCCCAAGAGUAAUAAUGCCACCUUCCUUUAAAAAAAAACAUUUUAUUAGUUUUUCAGUCUAUCUACAAAAGUACAAUUCGUGCUUUUAAACAUUGUGUUACAUGGGUUGCUUAUAAUUAUUUGUUUUUUGUGUCAUGGCAUCUUCUUAGUUGUCCCUUCAAAAUCUACACAUUUUUUUAACAAUUAAACCAUUCAUGUGUAUAGUUUAGCAUACACUAUUGGCUACUAUCGUAAUAUUGCUCUUAUAGUAUGCAAUGUACUCAAAGUCUUCUAAUAACAUACCUAAUAAAAGUAAUUCCGGUUCCAAAUUCACAUAAUUUUGAGAUGACUUAACCAACAAACUUCGUAUUUUAUAUCAGUAAUAAUAUUUCCUAUCAUUAUAAAAUAUCAUUAUUACUGAUAUAAUGAUAUACUGAUUUGUUUUUUAUAGCAUAAUAUUGCUCUCAUAGUAUGGAAUGUUCUCAAAGUCCUCUAAUAACAUACCUGAUAAAAGUAAUUCCGGUUCCAAAUUCACAUAAUUUUGAGGUGAUUUAACCCACAAACUUUGUCUUUUAUAUCAGUAAUAACGGAAUAGGUUCCUAACACAUAAUAGAUGUUAUCUAAAGCAUUUCAUACUGAUUUUCUU